AUGCGUCGCCCCGCUCAGCGUUCGGUCGUCGUCUCCUCGCCGUCUGCCUUGACAUCCCCUUGCCUCGCCAUCACCUCCCCCUCCUCCUCUCGCAAAACCGAGAUUGCUGAGCUGAAGCGUCGCCGACCCCCCUCAGCGUCGGGCCGGCCGUCCCCGUCUGCCCUCACCCUCGACAUCCCCUCGCCCUUGCCAUCACCUCCCCCCUCCUCUCCAGCGCCCGAGAUCUUUAAACCUGCCAUUGAUGGAUUUGAAGCUGAAAGUUACACAGUUGUUGUAGAUGCUGUUCUGAGAGAUUAUAUAUUUAGGCAUCUUACAAACAACCAUGACAAGUUCAAUUUGCUAAUAAUGUGGAGAGAGAUCAGACUUCUUGCUGCCUCUAAACCUGUGAUUGCAUCCAUGUCUGUUGUUGCUGCAAGUGGGGGAUGCUACAUGGCCAUGGUAGCGCAGACUAUUGUUGCUAAAAAGCUGACAUUGACUGCUUCAAUUGGAGUUGUUACAGGUAAACCUAGAUUGAUCCUGUGUGACGAUUAUAGUUCACAUGUUUUUCAGGGAGGUGAGGCAUUGGUGGAGGUGGGUAAUUGGUGUGGUUGUGGUUACGAGUAUUGUGGUGAUUGGUAGUGGUGUGGUUGUGGUUUAGGACCAAGCAAUUUGAUAAUUUAUUGAGAGAUCACUUACUGAAGCCAAGCAAUUUCUUCGACAACUGGAUUCUCAAGUCUGCAUCAUCGAAUUGCAAUACCAUCAGAGGAAAACAUGUACAUGUGGACUAUAAAGAUUUUUAGCUGGUUAAUUGGUAUAUUUGAUACAAUCAGUUUUCCCUUCAAUUUUGUUGCUCUGAAGGAAGUUGAAAUGUUGGCUUGGGAAUGUUCAUUGUAGACUAUGUACCUGAGCUUUUGAGUAUUAGUGUAUCAAAAUUUCUGCUGGAAUGAAAAGCCCUGUUCCUUUUGA